AUGUCUCGACAGCCUCGACGGUCUGCUCAAUUCCACAACGAGAAUGCAGCGGAAGGCGGCCAGAUGCGUCCCGUGUCGCGUUAUUGGCUUGAACGUGGCGGUUGGAUCGACGGAGCGGUCAACCCUCCUCAGUAUUACUACAGUAACGAGGAGAUUGAGCAUACUCGUCAGGCGGCAUUCACUGCUAUUGAAAGGUCGGGGGCGCCUCUAGCGAAUGUCCAAACUGUGUACGUUCCGGCGCAGCGUCGGGUACUUGCGCCGUCGCCUGCACGCCAAGGCCCUCGUGUCGCCGCUGAAGAUCAGGCGCAACCUCCGCCUCCGUACGAGCCUCCGCUUCCAUAUAGAGGCCAAGCGUCGCAAGGCUCUGCUGCCAGAGCUGAGGCAGGCGUGCCCGAAGAACCUCGCGGUCCCCCGAGUGAUGUCCAAGAGAUUCGCGAAAACGCGCCCACUGCACCUGGCAGUGCUCCUGCUGGCACUGACGGUCCCGGGGUGCUGGCAAACGCGCCUGCGUCUGCCAAUAACGCCACGAACGGUGCGAUGGGUAGAGCACUCGGCGGCAACGUCGUAGCAGUGACCCUCGUGUACACAGUCAAAGAGAAGGGUCCGUCAACUCGAGGCAGUCGGGUGGUCUCAAAGAAGACCCAGGUCACGAAGAAUGCUCUGAUAUCCUUCUCUGAGGAUCUGGGUCGUGCCGACUUCGUUGCUGCCAUGCUGAAAGCGCAUGAUCUCGCAGAUCAAUAUGCUGCAGGUCCACACGCUGGGCCCGGCUUCAAGAUCUGGUGGACAGGUGUAAAUAAAACUGCAGCUGCAACCAUUGACACGGACGACGACUUCGCCAUCGCAAUCGGCGCUAUUCUCAGGAAGAGGCCUAGCAGCAUAACAGCGGAGCUCAACGCCGACAAUAUGGAUGGCUUCCGGAUUCGCAAGCGCCCUCUCGCUGCCGCUAUGGCUAUCGACGAGGAUAAUGAGCUACUUGACGGAACUAUGGUUCCCCGCCUAGACAUGUACUCCGACGAGAUGCAGCUCCAUGGAGGCAUUAUAAUGGAGCUGAAGGCCCUACACAAAUGUACUGAGCAUCUCGGCGAGAACGGCGACACCGGGUAUUGCUACAAGACUGAAAAUGGGCAUGUGCGCCUGAACAAUCGGCGUUUCAAAAUGUGGGCGGCUGCUAUACAAGAUAUCAUCAUCCAGGCAGCACACGAGAGCACAAAGUCUGUACCUCCGAACACAGCUGAGUUCGAUGGCUUGUCUUCCCAAGCCAUGCCUUCGACGCCGAAGCAUCGCCGCAUUGCCUCCCCUCCCCUGUCUCCUCUCCCCGAACAUCAUACCGAUCUCCACAGCUGCUUACUUGACUUCCUCAACAAGCAGGGUGUUGAUUUCCUAGUCUACGAGGAGAGUCUGGCGGAGAAGAGGCUCACCCCUGAUAUACUUGGGAAGAUCCCAGCUGAACGGCUGUGUACUAUCACCGGUGCCGUGGAGGGUGAUGUAUGGAAGCUGCGGGAGUUCGCCACUGAGUGGCAAGCAAGGCUUCUCAAGAAGCGCAGCCAUGUGCAAGCUGAGCAUGCCUGA